AUGGCUGACAGGAACUCCGCCCCCCCUCGCCCUGUCAUCAGAAGGCGGCAGGUGACAGGUACCUUGUUCUUGGAGGUGGUGAUCCUGGUGUGGGGGGUCAGAGCGGAGCCCAGGCUCUGGCCCCGGGGCCUCAAGGCCCUCAGAGGUCUGGUGUCUCUUGUACCAGGUCCCAGUCCUGACGAUUCCUCGAGGCCCCGGGGCCAGAGCCUGGGCUCCGCUCUGACCCCCCACACCAGGAUCACCACCUCCAAGAACAAGCGCAGGAGCAGCCAGCAGGAGGAGCCGGAGGCCCUGCUGGACCUGAUCCUGGAGAGUCAGGCUCAGAGACUGGAGGAGCAGAGAGCCAGCCUCAGCCUACUGCCCGACCCAGGACCCCCCGCUCUCUGUGGGGCCUGCUGCCCCAACCAGCCCCCCGUUCCCCCGCUGGACCUCUACUACAUGCUCAUACACUACCAGUCUGACAGGAUGGAUGACCAGCGGUGCUCCCUCCCUGACCUGGAGGACGUGGUGGGUUCGGUUCCUGAGGGUCAGGAGGACUUCUUCAGUCUGGUUCAGAGGGUCCAGUCCAGGAGGAUGGAUGAGCAGAGGGCCUCACUGCUGCUGGCGUCCUCUGAGGACAAGCAGGACGCACACACCGCUGGCUCCCCCCCCCGCCACCUUCAUCACCGUCACUGAUGAUGAGCAAGUCUCAAGGGGUUCUGGUUUCUCAGGUUCUGGUCCUGAGGGUCAGACUGUUGAACUCAGUCUGAACCUCACCACCGGGACAUUUUGGACCUUUUGGAUGUUUGUUUUUAAUCCGUCUGACUGAAGGACUCAUCGACCCUGAAGGACUGACCUGGAACCAGCUGACCUGAAGGACUGAUCUGAGACCAGCUGAAGUGUUGACAUGCUGACAUGUUGACGUGCUGACGUGUUGAUGUCUGCACCAUUACAUGACUCAGCGUCUCUGUCACAUGACUCAGCGAGGUGGUGAAUCUGUGACGGCAUCCUGUAGUCUCAGUUGGACGCUCAUUAAUAAUAACAGAUUUUAACACUUUACUGACCAGAAUCAGUUUUUAUUUGGACCAACAGAUCAACACAGUCUCCUAAAUAACUUUAUUUCUUUCACUCAAACAAACAAACAAACAAACAAACAAAUAAACACAAGUGUUUUUCUUUGUAAACAUUGUAACAAACAAAUUGAACACUGAAUAAAAAUAUUUGUCACGAAGUACAAGUACUCACCAGGAGGUCAGUCAUUGAUCAGGUAUUGGUCAGUUAUUUAUAAGUUAUUGGUCAGUUUUUGGUGA